AUGUCUGAACAAAACAAUCAAGCGUUUUUAACUAAAAUUCAACAAAUGGCUUGUUGUAAUAAAAAAUGCUUUAGUACUUCUAUUAAUCACAACAAAGCCCUUAAAAGAUUUUGUAAGAUUAGAUUAAUGUCAGCAAUAGAAAAAAAUAUAUUUUUUUUAGGAAUUCUUGAGGUUUCAGUUUGUCAGAAAGCUUGGCUUACUAUCUAUGCUAUUGGAAAAUCAAAAUGGGAAGCAAUUCAAACACAUUAUUCAAAAAAUGAUAUAAAUCCUAUAGUCCAUAGUCUUAAAGAAUGUGUUAGUAAUCAUGCUAUUAAGUUUGAAACAAUAUUACAUAUACUAAUGUUUAUUCGAAAUUUUGCUAUACAACAUGGUCUUCCUUCAACUA